AUGUUCGUUAGUCUGCAAGAUGUGAUAGCUAUCAUGAUUCUGACUGCGAGACGGCCCCGCCAUCGGCCGCUAGCUGGACGCCACGAGGUGAAUGAGUCGCCGGUAAACAUCGUUCCUCCCUACAAGAUAAAGGCUCCCAUCGCAAAUUCGAAGCGGGUCAAAUUCUCUCGUUUCCUUGCUUCCUACGCAUCAGCUGGUGUAACCCGCAGAGGGACCCUGCGCGAAAGAAUUUUGGAACAACAACAAGAGAAGAAUCGGAGGAUCUGCAACAAAAUAAUCAGCAUGGCGAACCCACGUGGUAGCGCCGCUCAGUACUCCGCGAUGGUACUGCUAGACUAUGUGCAGGCGCCUUCGGUGGGCUUGUACUUUCUCGCCGCAACAGGGUUUGGCAUGUGCGUGCUGCAAAAGUCGAAACACAUAUCACUCAAACGGCGGCGCCUUGCAAUCGCAACAGCAUUCGCUCUCCUGGCGGGGUAUGUUGUAGAAUUGCUUUACUACCUUAGCCGCUCAUUCGCAGACUUGCAAUACACGGCUCCGCAACACGCAGCUAUCCGAUGUCUAGGUUCGAUACUCGUCUGGAUACCGCUCAGCUCAUCAAUCGUCACCGGGAACACGUUCAUCUGGCACCCGUACUUUGGAAGUUUCGUCAUUCAGUUCGUCUUUGAAGCAAUAGUUUGCCUACUGCGUGGCUUCUCUCUUCCACUCGACGAUCGAUAUAGCAACAUCCCGCUGAGCAUCAGCGCAGCGAGAGCGUUCGUUUCUUUCGUUCUUCUGAUUGAUUCGUUCUUGAUCCUGAUAUCGAGGAAGGGCGAGAAGGGCACCGAUGAGGAAGAACAGUCUCUGCUCGGAGCACAGGCGAACGGGUCUGCCACCGCAAACGGAUCGCCAACAGCGAACGGCAACGCGGGAUACGGUUCGAUCGAGCAGACAUCAUCAGAUAGUGAUAAUGACGACGAUGAAGCUCCGGCUGCUCACGACAAAGAGAUCAAAGAACAGCAAGCAAAGCGACUUGAAGAACAGGGCGGCUGGCUCGGAUACCUAAAUAGCUUCAUGGUCUUCCUGCCAUACCUAUGGCCCAAAGACGACUGGAGAAUCAUGCUCGCGCUCUCCCUCCGACUCAUCCAUCUGAUUCAAGGGCGAGCAUUGAAUCUGCUCGAACCGCGACAGCUCGGUAUUAUCACGAACAAGAUCACGCAAGGCGCCCACGAGAUGCCCUGGGGCGAUAUUGGCUUGUGGACGCUGUACCGAUGGAUCAACAGCUACAGUGGUCUCGGCAUCAUCGAUAAUUUCGCCGAGACGUACAUUGGCAACCAGGCCUUCGAGAGGAUAACUAUACUGGCGUACAAACAUCUUAUGAGUCUUUCCAUGGACUUCCACACGUCCAAGGACUCUGGCGAGGUGUUGAAAGCUGUCGAGCAGGCAUCGUCCCUCAACUCGCUCAUUGAGCUGGUGCUAUUCGAAGUCUUCCCGAUCCUUGUCGACCUUGUGAUUGCAAUGUACUACGUUACGCACCUCUUCGAUGCCUACAUGGCUUUCCUCGUUCUGUUCAUGGGUCUCGCAUACAUCUGGCUGGGGCUGUACUUCACAACAUGGUCUCAGGCCCGCCGAAGGGUAUAUGUUGCGAAGCAGCGCACAGAGAACACCACCGUCAACGAAACAGUUCACAAUUGGCAGACCGUUGCAUACUUCAAUAGAGCACCAUACGAGACUGAACGCUACCGUGAGAACAUCCGAAGCACCAUCAUGGCUCAUUACGCAUACUACUUCCGUUCUGUGGGUGGUCACGCAGCGCAGGACCUACUAAUGACGUUUGGCUUCACGGCAUGCUGCAUUUUUGCCAUCCACCAGAUCAUCUAUGGUGGAAAACCCGUAGGAAACCUCAUUACUUUCAUCAUGUACUGGGGCACAAUGAUGAGUCCUCUGUACAUGAUGUCCUACAGCUACCGCCAUAUCUCCAGCAGCCUCAUCGACGCAGAACGUCUUCUUCAGCUCCUCAAUACAAAGCCAACCGUCGCCGAUCACGAGAACGCGCAAGAUCUGACCGUAAAGGCCGGAAAGGUCGAGUUUAAAGACGUAGACUUUGCGUACGACGCUCGCAAGCAGAUCAUUAAGAACGUGAACUUCACUGUUGAAGGCGGCAAGACCGUAGCCUUCGUCGGGGAGACCGGCGGCGGAAAGUCUACGAUGCUAAAGUUGCUCUUCCGCUUCUACGACGUCACAAACGGCUCCAUUACAAUUGAUGGGCAGGAUCUGCGCUCAGUCACCCUCUCCAGUAUCCGCGACUCCAUUGGGCUCGUACCACAAGACCCAGCGCUGUUCAAUCAGACGAUCCGCCAGAACGUGCGAUACGCCAAGCUCGGUGCCACAGACGCUGAGAUCGAAGACGCCUGUCGCGCCGCCGCUAUCCACGACGACAUCGUCUCGUUUCCCGAAGGGUACAACUCCAAGGUUGGUGAACGCGGUGUGCGCCUCUCGGGGGGCCAGCUCCAGCGCAUCGCUAUUGCAAGGGUUCUGCUCAAGAAUCCUAAGAUCGUCAUGCUGGAUGAGGCUACGUCUGCUAUUGACUCGGCCAUCGAGGCGCAGAUCCAGGAAGCGUUUAGGAAGUUAAGCAAGGGCAGGACAACGUUUGUCAUUGCGCAUCGACUGAGCACAAUUGUUGAGGCAGAUUGCAUUCUGGUGGUAGAGAAGGGGGAGAUUAUCGAAAGGGGAACUCAUGCAGAAUUGAUUGCGAGGGGUGGAAAGUACUGGGAGCUGUGGAGGAAGCAGACAGCGGGAAAUGCGUCGGCAGCGGCGAGUACGAAGGAGGAUGUCUUGAUCGACGUUACGGCGCCGGAGGAGGAAGGCGCGAAGGCGUCGGGAAGGAGCAAUGCUGAAGGGGCGGUGGAGAGAAGGAAGUAG